AUGAUAUCAGAAAGACUUAAAUGUUUAAGUAGUGAUUAUUUAGAAAUGUGGGAAUUUCUAUCGACCAUGACGAAUAUUUUUAAAAUGGCAAAAUAUUUUGGCAUCCCCACAUAUGGGGGAGCAUUUUCUCUCCUGGGAGCUAUAGUGAUGUUAGCAAUGCUGUUGAUUAUGGAGAUAGUCUCUAUUUGGAAGCUGAUACGAACAUUAAACGGCUGGAAUCUUAAUCCAAAUGGCAGUGUAGUAGCUCGUCUAUCUGGAUCAAUUUUCUAUGGUAACGCCUUACUGUCCUUGAUACUGUCCUGGAAGAUUAUAAGCAAUUGGAAAACCCUGGUUUCGUUCUGGAAACGAAGUGAGAGGCUUGAAUUAAACAUACCUCCGGAUAGACGGAUCAGGGGAAGAGUUAUAUUUGUAAGCAGUUACGUCGCAAUAUGCGCUGCUGUUGAGCACGCGUUAAGUAUGGUGUCAGGAACAGGGCAUGACUGUCCGCCGGAGGAAUUCUUUGAGCGUUAUAUCUUGAGCUCACACGGAUUUCUCUUGCAAAGAAGUGAAUAUUCUCUGUGGGUUGCGAUACCGAUUUUCACUCUCAGCAAGUUGGCCACAGUGCUGUGGAACUUCCAAGACCUGAUUAUAAUUUUAAUCAGCCUUGGCCUGACUUCGGAGUACAGCCGAUUAAACCUUUUUGUUCAGCGCGUCGUUGUGUUUGAGACGAAAAUGAAAUAUCACAACAGAGUCAUAAGUUUACCUCUGCGUGUGAAGAUUUGGCGGAAUCUCCGACAGGCGUACGUCCAACAGGCGGAGUUGGUGAGGAAAGUUGAUCAGGAACUCGGAGGACUGAUACUUCUCUCCAAUCUAAACAAUUUGUUUUUUAUUUGCUUACAACUGUUCUUGGGGAUAAGUGUAACUAAGGGCAGUGACAUAAAUAGAAUCUACUACUAUUUCUCGCUGGCCUGGCUCCUCUACCGGGCCAGUGGAGUGGUGCUGGCAGCUUCUGAUAUCAACAUACAUUCUAAGAGAGCGCUUCCACAUCUGUAUAGCUGUGUGAGUGGGGCAUAUAAUAUUGAAAUAAAAAGACUCAAAACUCAAUUAGAGAACGAUGAUAUAGCACUGAGUGGACUCGGAUUUUUUUACUUGUAUAGACAGAAAUUGUUAGAGGUGGCGGCUGCUGUCGUUAAAUACGAGUUAAUAUUACUUCAAUUUGACAAACAUUAA